GGAGCUCACAGCCUACCCCCUGUUCCUCGGGAAGGGAGGAAUUCAGGGGGGAAAAAGCUUCCCAGAAGUUUGGAUCAGGGGAAGGACGGGAAGGCCCAGAGGGAAAGGGGGAGAGGGAGGAGAAAAAGGAAGAGGGAGGAGAGAGAGGGAGUGAAUUUAAAAAAAAAAAAAAAGAAAGAAAAAAAGAAAGAAAGAAAAGAUGAAGUCCAGUCUACUACACAGCUUGUGAGCGCCUGCCCGGGUGGGUGGGAAGCUGGACUCAGCGCUCAUGCGGCUAGCGGGAGGCGUUCCGGGCGCUCGUUCCUAGAGCCUGGGGCAGCUAGGGGCACCAGUCAAAUCCGGCGGUCGAGGGCGGGGGAGGACACGGAGGGAGGGCGCAGAUCACCCGCGGAGCCGCCGCCCCAGCUUCGGCCGAGGCGCCGCCGCCUCUCCAGGGCCGGGCCCGGCAGGCGCUCCGAGCGUGCGGCCGCGGGGCUGCCAGCUCAGUAGCGCAGGCAAGACGAGACCCGGGUGCGGGCGGCUAAAAUGAGUGAAAGGAGAAGAUCUGCAGUCGCCCUGAGCUCCCGAGCACAUGCCUUCUCCGUCGAAGCCUUGAUCGGCUCAAAUAAAAAGCGGAAACUGCGAGACUGGGAGGAGAAGGGGCUGGACCUGUCCAUGGAGGCGCUGAGUCCCGCAGGCCCUCUCGGAGACACAGACGACCCGGCGACACACGGCCUGGAGCCCCACCCGGAUUCUGAGCAGAGCACUGGGUCAGACUCCGAGGUGCUCACUGAGCGGACCUCCUGCUCCUUCAGCGCUCACACCGACCUAGCGUCUGGUGCUGCAGGCCCCGUGCCUGCUGCCAUGUCUUCCAUGGAGGAGAUUCAGGUGGAGUUACAGUGCGCCGACCUCUGGAAAAGGUUCCAUGAUAUUGGGACUGAGAUGAUCAUCACCAAAGCAGGCAGGAGGAUGUUUCCUGCCAUGAGAGUGAAAAUCACUGGCCUGGAUCCCCAUCAGCAAUACUAUAUAGCAAUGGACAUUGUGCCUGUGGACAAUAAAAGAUACAGAUAUGUGUAUCACAGCUCCAAGUGGAUGGUGGCUGGCAAUGCUGACUCCCCGGUGCCUCCAAGGGUCUACAUACACCCGGAUUCCCUCGCUUCUGGAGAUACCUGGAUGAGGCAGGUGGUUAGCUUCGACAAACUCAAGCUGACCAACAAUGAGUUGGAUGAUCAAGGCCAUAUCAUUCUGCACUCGAUGCACAAGUACCAGCCUCGAGUCCACGUGAUCCGCAAAGACUUCAGCAGUGACCUCUCACCCACCAAGCCCGUGCCUGUGGGGGACGGCGUGAAAACAUUCAACUUUCCUGAGACCGUGUUUACCACAGUCACAGCCUAUCAGAACCAGCAGAUCACCAGAUUAAAAAUUGACCGAAACCCUUUUGCUAAAGGAUUCAGAGAUUCCGGCAGGAACAGAACUGGACUUGAAGCCAUCAUGGAGACUUACGCAUUCUGGAGACCUCCCGUGCGCACACUGACCUUCGAGGACUUCACCUCCAUGCAAAAGCAGCAAGGGGGCAGUACAGGUACUUCCCCAACCACCUCCAGCACCGGGACACCAUCCCCUUCGGCUUCUUCUCAUCUCUUAUCUCCAUCUUGUUCUCCUCCAACUUUUCAUUUGGCCCCCAAUACUUUCAAUGUGGGUUGUCGAGAAAGCCAGCUGUGUAAUCUAAACCUCUCUGAUUAUCCACCAUGUGCCCGAAGCAAUAUGGCUGCCUUACAGAGCUAUCCGGGGCUGAGUGACAGUGGUUACAACAGGCUCCAGGGUGGCACAGCCUCAGCCACUCAGCCCUCUGAAACCUUCAUGCCUCAGAGGACUCCAUCUCUGAUCUCAGGAAUACCAACGCCUCCCUCGUUGCCCAGCAACAGCAAGAUGGAAGCUUAUGGUGGCCAACUGGGGUCCUUCCCCACUUCCCAGUUUCAGUAUGUCAUGCAGGCAGGCAAUGCGGCCUCCAGCUCCUCAUCACCACACAUGUUUGGUGGCAGCCACAUGCAGCAGAGCUCCUACAAUGCCUUCUCCCUGCAUAAUCCCUACAAUCUGUAUGGAUACAAUUUCCCCACUUCCCCCAGGCUAGCUGCAAGCCCAGAAAAACUGAGCGCAUCUCAGAGCACUUUACUCUGUUCUUCUCCUUCCAAUGGGGCCUUUGGAGAGAGGCAGUACCUGCCCACAGGCAUGGAGCACAGUAUGCAUAUGAUCAGCCCUUCUGCUAACAAUCAGCAGGCUACCAAUACCUGUGAUGGCCGACAGUAUGGGGCCGUGCCAGGCUCUUCCUCCCAGAUGUCAGUACACAUGGUUUAAGGAGCAGUCCAAACACCAUGGAGGGGAUGGCAGUCAAGACUCCAGAGUCUCUGUGGGUGGAUCUUCCUCAUUGGGAGCCCCAUGCCUUGGGAAAAUAAGAAUUAUGCGUUUGUUUUGGUUUUUGGUUUGGUUUUGUUU